AAAUAAUUCUUUUAUCAAAAGUAAAAUGAGUGCUCAAAGUCGUCAAACACAACAAUUAUCAUCCGCUAAUAAUCAACAAAAACAAGACGAUCCAUAUGGAGGUUUUAAUGAUUAUGACCAUGCUUAUGACUUGGAGAAUUUAUAUUCUGAUGGAAAUUUUGUUCAAGCAGCCGUUCGGUCAAGUUAUGGACGUAGACCGGCAACAUCUUCACGUUUGGGCACAUCAAUGCCUGUAGGAACUGCAAUGGGUCUUCGAUUGCCCACAGCCGCCUCAUAUUCUCAGAUGGGCGUUAAAAGACUUGCAACUGGAGGAAUUAAUGCUCAUCAUCCUCUCCCUUUAUCUCGUGCGAGGACAGGAAUUGCUGGUGGAACAGCUGCUGGGUUACGAACUGGAAUGCCUUCAGAAUUAGCACGUCCAAUGACUGCAAUAAGAGGGGCUGGUUAUUCUUCUGCUGGAAGAAAAAGUACUUUCGAUAAAAUACCAAUUCAACAAAAUGAAGACAAUAAUAACCUUCAAAAUGAAGAAAAUGCGCAAUUAGAGAAAGCAAAGAAAUUAGAAGAUCAAGCAAUGGAACAAUUACUUGAAAGUACUUUUUUGGCUGAAAGAGGAGAAAUAAAAGCUGCAUUAGAUAAAGCUAAAGAAGCAACAAGACAAUGGAGAACAUCAGAUAAUUUACGUAAAAGUUCGGGAGAACAACAAAAUAUGGAUUUGGGUUGGUGUUCUUUAUUAUGUUUAGCACAACAAAAAUUAAUUAAUGGAAUACCUUCUGAAGCUUUAAAUAUUUAUCAAACAAUUGUCAAAAAUCGUUCUUAUGCAAAUGGACAUAGAUUAAAAAUAAAUAUUGGAAAUAUUUACUUUAGAAAAAAAGAAUAUACAAAAGCUUUGAAAUAUUAUAGAAUGGCUUUAGAUCAAGUACCAAAAGUUCAUCAAAGAAUGCGUGCAAAAAUUUUGAGUAAUAUUGGAGUUGCUAUGGUUAGACUUGGGCGUUAUGAAGAUGCUUUAUCUUCAUUUGAGGAAAGUUUAGAAUUAAAUGGACGUUCAGCAGCUGAUUAUUCGACUGCUUUAAAUUUAAUAAUGGCUGAAAUGAAGAAAAAAUGAGAGAAUCAUUUCAACGUUUAGUUGAUAUACCUAUUUUAAUUGAUGAAAAUAAACAACAACAAGAGGAAUUAGAUGUAUUAACUACCCAAUUAUUAGAAAAUGAUGCUUUAGCUAUUUGGGAAAGGCGUAAACGACAUCAAGCAGAGAAAACAAUUCUUUUGGCUGCAAAAAUAAUUUCUCAAGCAAUUGCCCCAAGGCAAACAUUUUU